AUGUCACAUUCAUAUCGGAAAAACAGCUCCAAGAGCUCGACAAGUAGUCGAGACUUCCGCAGGAGUAGCGAAUCUUGCGACUCAUACGAGACGUAUGAAUCACAGAGCACAACACCUACUUCUUACUAUGCGAGCACCGAAGCGUCAUCAGUCAAAGAAGCUAGAACCGUCUCUAACAAGAUCCCGCCUGUCUACGAGGAAGACAUAUCCCCUUCCACUAGCAACUGUUUGAGAUCUUCCGUCGACACUUUCGACUCAAGUCUGGCUUCGGACGAUGAAGAUGAGCUUGAGCUUCAACGGGAAGCCGAACUAGACAACUUCGACAAGCACCGCGACAUCCCGCCUUUGCCCACCUACUACCGCGAUAUCAUCGACACCGAUGUACGGCCAUCCACACCCCAGGACUUUGGCAAACUGUUCCCUUCCAUGAACAGAUUAUCAGUUUGCCACGACGAGUUUACCCCGGACGGUAACAUGAAUCUCAGAGUAGACACCGUCGCCCCCGGUCGCCGUCCCUUCAACAUCCAGCUCUUUCACCUACGCAUGUACGACCUCAGCAAGCGUGAAUUCUCGCUUCGACGUUAUUGCCGCGACUCCGGCCGCGAAGUCUGCAACUCCAAGCGCAAGUACGUCGAGGAAAGCAACCAAGAGCGACCAACUCUCCAACGAUCCGUCUCAAGCGCCAUCAAGACCCUCUCCAUGAGGAGACCUCCUCUGUCGCGCACCAACUCGGGCGGCUCAAUCUUCGGAGGCAAGGGCAAGGAGGGAGCUUCGCAGCGCCCACAGUCCAGUUCCUCGUCUAUGCGCACUUUUGGCGACGACGCGGCAAGUUUCAAGCGUUCAGCCUCGUUUGAAGCGAAAUCCAAAGCUCGACCGGUUCCCAGCAACACCAUGAAGCUCGAGUUCUCCAACUAUGCGCGCGUCGACGUCUCACGCCGCGGCGGUGCCAACAACAAGCGCUACGAGUUUGACUGGUGGGGUCAUAAGUACCAGUGGAAGCGUGUCACCGACAAGAACCUCGGUGUCGUCUCUUUCCACCUUGUCAAGGACGGCAACAACGACGCUCGCGAUGCCGUUGCGCACAUUGUCCCCGAGACACGAUCGCCCAACCAGGUUAUUGAGGAUGAAAGUGCCGGUGGCUGGGUACCCCCUUGCCACAUGUGGAUCAGCGAUCGCAGCGUCCUCGAUGCCGUCACCGACGUCGCCGAUGUAAUUAUCGCCACCGGUCUUAUGGCCCUUGUUGACGACUGCAUCAAGACUCGCUGGCAAACGAAGAAGUUUACCCGCAUCCCGGUGCCCAUGACCUCCCGAUCUGUCGACGUCGAGCAUGUGGGCCCCAAGGCCUUUAUGCAACACCUUUUCCAGCGCCGCCCCUCUGAUCAAGCUUCAAGUCCAUUGCGACAACGUCCGAUUUCGACUUAUUGA